AGUCCAGGUCUCCAGCCACUGCCGCCUCCUUCUUCUGCCGCUCCUGGUGCUGCCUGUGUGCUCCUUCAGUGCGGACCUGGUGCCUCUUUUGUGAAGCAGCAGCUGAGGAGACUCCGACGUUCGCCAUGGCCGACAAGAAACCCAAGGAAGGAGUCAAGACCGAGAACAACGACCAUAUUAAUUUGAAGGUGGCGGGUCAGGAUGGCUCUGUGGUGCAGUUUAAAAUUAAGAGGCAUACACCACUUAGUAAACUAAUGAAAGCCUAUUGUGAACGACAGGGUUUGUCAAUGAGGCAGAUCAGAUUCCGGUUUGAUGGGCAGCCAAUCAAUGAAACAGACACACCUGUACAGUUGGAAAUGGAGGAUGAAGAUACGAUUGAUGUGUUCCAGCAGCAGAUAGGAGGUGUCUACUAA